CUCUCCACGCCAGCGGAGCCUAAACAAAGAAAGGGGCGCAAUGAGAACUCUCUCGCCCUUUUCCUUCGCUCUCUCGCUCUCCCUCGCUUUCGAACUCCUCUCCUCUGCCAAACCUUCAAGAAGAGGGUUCGCCAUGGAUUCGGGAACAACAGAAUUGAAGGACGGGGAGGUCGACAUCUACUCCCUCUUCUGCCACUACAACACUCUCUACUUCGACGAAGCCCUCGGCCCCUGCCUCGUCUCCUGGAUCGACUCACGCUCGAACAACCACACCAGUUCUUGCCUUUAUUCUUCAGAUGGUAGCUGUGAAAUACUCCUCAACAAACUCUUGUUGAAAUCUUGGCCAACUGCUGAUCUCAAGAAUGCUUUACUACAUGAGAUGAUUCAUGCAUUCUUGUGGAUUAAGAACAAAAAAAAUGAGCACAGUGUGCAUGAUCCAAAUUUCCGGGAAAUGAUGGAUUCAAUUAAUGCCAGCUCGCUGACAGAUCAUCAGAGGCCAUCUGGUGGCUACAACAUUACCAUUUACCAUGAAUUACGGGAGGAAGCUGACACCUGCAGAACUGGCAACUGGAUUUGUGAAGCAUGUGGGAAUUUGAUCAAACCAGGCACGAAAAAAGAUCCUUCAGCUGGUGACUGCAUUGAGAAUGUAGGCCCUGAAGGGUGUUGUGAUAACCCAUCAUGUCAAUGGCAUAGCAAUAAUAAGUUAUGCUCUGGAAGAUGCGUUGAGAUACAAGAACCAACCGAAUGUGAUAACCACAAAAUGAGUUUGAAAGAUGAUGAGGAGCUUCACGAGGGCAGGUAUAAAGGUUUUCACUAUAUGACUAGACAAAGAAAACGCAAAUUAUGUGAACCAGGAACAAAGGAUGAUUUGAAUGGCACAAAGAAGGUGGCACUCAAAGCUGGAGGACCGGAGGAUAAUUUGGAUGGCAAGAAGGUAAUAAGUGAAGCAGGAGCAAAGGACAGUCUACGUGAAGUAGGAGCAAAGGACGGUCGAGAUGGCAAGAAGGUGACAUUCAGAGAUGUAGGCACAGAGGAUUAUUUGGAUGGCAAGAAUGAGGGAACAUUUGGAGGUGGAGGGACAAAGGGUCGUUUGGAUGGUAAGGCGGCAAUAUCAGGCUACUUUGCAUCCGUGGGUGCACCAGCUGGGAACUUUGACAAGCUGAAGGGCGUUGAGUCAAAAACUAGGAGCUGUGCGGCAGCUCCAGAACCCUCUAAACGUGCAAGAACUCCAACACUCAAGAAGCAGCAAGCAUGCACUGGCCAGAAAAGAAGAAAACUAGGAAGACGCAAGAAUGAUUACACGGUUGCAAGUGAAUGGUUGGAUUAUUUUGCAUAUGAGGAGUCUGAUGAAAAUGUUGAACCUCUAGUAAAUAAAAGAACGGAGCAGAGGAAAAAGCAAAAACUGCUCAGAAGUCCGAAUGGAGGCGGCCCCAGCCUUGUUGUGGGCAAUGAGCAACAGUCUGAGAACAUUCAAGCACAUGGAGUAGGCAAAAACACCAGUACUGCCAUGACCGUCGUAGAAAUCCCAGAUGACUAAUUGAACUGGUUUUAGAUUUGCCUUAUCUGAGAUAUCAUGGCUGGGGUACUGGAUGAUUGUCUUUUUUUGUUUCUUGGUUUUUUUUUUGGGGGGUUUGUCUGGUUUUGACAUUAUAGAGGCCAUGCUAUACCGUGGCAGAUAGGAAUGUGAUACAAUAGCAAUAGCAUCAAGGAGAAAUAUCAAGCAAAAAUACUUGUACAGUGGAAACAGUGAAAGAUAAUUUAAGAGAUGCAUACUGGGUGUCCUCCACCGUUCUGGGGAGUGUCUUUGUAGCA